UUUACGCUGUCAAGACAAAUUCCAUACAUGCACGGGUCACUCGUGCAGUUCAAUGCUGCAGUCCAUUUGAGGAUCGAGCACAAUACAGCAACGAUAAUCACUUGUUGCCGGAGGAAUUUUAUUGACCUGGGAGUUUCAAAUAUUUUAAAUAACAAAUUCUUAUCGUCAAGACUAAUCGCACUCUCAGCUUUACUUCCACUAAUAAAAAACAGUAAAAAGUGUCAGUUCUUUUCAUCCACUUCUUAUUGAUCUGAGAAAUUUGAAUACAAUUUGAACAUAAAGUUUGUCGACGGGAGAAAAAGGUGUCGGGGCUUCUCGGUGAAUCUAUUUUCAACCCCGGAUACAUGUAGUCAAGUAGGUACUGGACUCCUGAUCUGUACGCAGUUGACUUUUGCUCCUCACUCAGAAAAAUCCCGGUAACUUGAUCACUCAGUGCCGCGAUUAUCCUUCAUCCUAUGAAAAAAAACGUGAAUUUUGGCUAAAAAGGUGUCCAACAUCCUCAACACGUGAAGGUCAUACAGAAUUCGCCAAAGACUAGCCUGGUUUAGGAGAAUGGACGAUCCUGAGAGAAUGGAGCACCUCAUCCGUCGUCACCUGUCCUCCUGUGGUCUCCUGGCGUGUGGAGACCUCCCCUGGUGCAUAAAAUCCUCGGAAUUAAAUGGACGUGGGCUCUUUGCCGCCCGAGACAUUGCCCAGGGUGAGGAGAUAGUAGUCGACGCUCCAGUCGUACUCGGCCCCAGGUGCGGUGAGAAUAAAUUCCCCAUGUGCGUCAACUGUCACAGAACAGGCAUCACACUGUUCCCCUGCGACCGGGGCUGCGGUCUUCCUGUGUGCUCUGAUACCUGUGAAAAUGCCCCAGAGCACGUGGACAGGGAGUGCGAAAUUCUGAGGAAGUGGAGGCCCAACUGUGGACCCAUGUUCUCCAAGGAACUGUUGAUGUCCGUAAUUGUGGUCCGUUCGUUAGUUCUUGGGGAUGAGGAUAAGGAACUCAUAAUGGCGUUCAAGGGUCACGGAGGCUCACGUCACGGUCGAGAGAUAGAAUUAUUGAAAAGGAAUUUGGAUGGAGAGAUAGACCCCGAGGACGAAGAGUUUAUGCUGAAUGUCUGCAAGAUAAUGGACACGAAUGCAAUGGAGACAGCGACUAUUGCUGACAAUUUGAGAACGAUCAGUCUGAGGGGUAUCUACCCCAUCGGAGCAAUGCAGAAUCACUCGUGCACCCCUAACACUCGCCACUUCUUCAAGACUAAUGACAUAAUGAGUGUUUAUGCUGCUGUGGACAUCAAGAAGGGUGAAGAGCUAACUAUGACGUACAUUAGCCCCUUUUGGGACACCUUCAUCAGGAGGAGGUAUCUCAUGAUGUCAAAGCACUUUGAGUGCAGAUGUCGAAGGUGUUCUGAUCAAAGUGAAUAUGGCAGCAAUGUUGGAGCAAUGUGGUGCGCCAACAUCAGCUGCUAUGGCCUCAUGCUUCCUGUUGAUCCUCUGAGCUGGACAACACCCUGGAUCUGUAAGCAAUGCGGCCAAACAGUUUCCUUUCGCCAGAUUAAGGCAAUCAUCUCAGGAAUUGACUCAAUCGUAAACGGGUAUCUGUACAAGUCUCCACGAGAAAUUCUCAAUUUCGUGAGGGGAGAAUUGAAAAUUCUCGUUCCAGAGAUGAAUAGCUCGAUGUUACAAAUGAAAUAUCGAGUUAUCUCGUACUUCGGGAGGACUGAAGAACUUCAGUUCAAAGAUUUAACAGAUGAAGAGCUCCAAGUAAAAUCUAAAUAUUGUCAGGAGUUACUCGAUAUGAUAGAUAAAUUGCAGCUGGGUGAUUGUCAACUAAAAGGAUUCAUUUUGUACGAAUUAUACUGUACCAUAAAAGAAGAAUCAUCUCGCAGACAGUACGAGAUAUCAACUCCAACUUCAAAGGAAUUCAAGAGGAAUACCCGGAAAAUCCUCGACAAGGCCGUGGAGAUUCUGCAGGAUGACGUAGCAUCACCGGAUGAUCUAAAGUCACUCAAGACUUCGAAUACCUCAACAGGCACUAACCCCUGAUUAUAUUGAUCAAACAAGAAUACCCAUCACGGCACCCACCAGUGCCCCGUACAGUCCUCCUCACCACAAUAAAACGCCCAUGGAAUUCAUCAAUAAACACUGUUGAAUGGUCCUGGCACAUCAUAUCAAAUUUCCAAACAAAAAUCGGUAAUUCAGCUAAAGUGAAAAAUUAUUCUUUUAGGGUUUUUUCACAUAUUCGUCAACUACCUGAAAAGAAGUUAUCUUUUUUUCAUUCUGUACUUUCAUCUGAAGCGUUUUAUGAAACAGGGAAAUUAAUUUUUAGUUUCCAACAACACCCCUUGAUAUUUUCCACAAAAGUACAGAGCAUUCGAAACAAUUAAAUUAGCAUUUUAUUCAAUAAACUUGAACGUUUCGCUAUUUAGUCAAUAAA